AUUUACCUUUUGCUUUGCCAACAGGUUUGGAUGCUGACCUCGGGGGUGCCAUUUUCGGGCGACCCAGGCGACACCAACCAAAGCAACGGCAACGGCAACAGCGAUGCUGCCUCCGCCGCAUCCUCCGGUCGCUGGUCGUCUGGCAGAACACCAGCAGCCCCGACGACUGCACCAACCACACAACUCCCGUCAUCCCCGUUAGCUUCCGCGCAGCACCACCGCGCGCGAGCAAUCCAAAGUGGAGGAGCCGCCGCAAACGCCGAUGCGCAUCCAUUCGCAUCAACACAACCAACCGCAAUGCUCGCUGAGCCAUGGUCCCACCAGGGCGUCCAUGCCAUGUCGUCGCUUGAGCGCCUUCGUCCAAGAGCAAGCCCUGCAGCAGUCACGGCUGAAGCUGCCGCCGAAGCAGCAACAGCAGCAGCAGCAGCAGCAACAGCAACCGUGGCGGCCUCAUCGUCUGGUUCCGAAGCAGUCACGUCCGGCCGCUCCUCCGUCCACCACGAGUUGGUCCAGGUGCUGCCUGUGCACCAUGCCCACGCGAGUCGAGAUGGUCCGGCUCAUCAUCACAUGUACGAAACGGGACACGCGGGGAGCGCUGCGUUU